GAGGGGCCGAGGAGGCUUGGCUCUCCGCCUCCCUCGGCGCCCGGCGGCUGGGAAAAUGUUGCGCGCCGGAGGCGGAGGGGCGGCGCGGGUGGGCAGCUCCCGGUGGGGCUCCUCCGGGGCGGCGGCGGCGGCGAAGAGGGGCUAUGCUUCGGGACAGGACAACCUGAAGCGGACACCUCUCUAUGACUUCCACCGGCACCAUGGUGGGAAGAUGGUGGGCUUUGCAGGCUGGAGCCUCCCUGUCCAGUACACUCACAGCCACCUGGAGUCCCAUCUUCACACACGAAAGCAGUGCUCACUCUUUGAUGUGUCUCACAUGCUGCAGACAAAGGUUUUUGGCAAAGACCGGGUCAAGUUCCUAGAAAGCCUAGUGGUGGGAGACAUUGCAGAACUGAAGCCUAACCAGGGCACUCUCUCUCUGUUCACCAAUGAAAAUGGAGGCAUCAUAGAUGACUUGAUUGUGACCAGUACAUCAGAGGAUCACCUCUAUGUGGUCUCUAAUGCAGGUUGCAUGGAGAAGGAUUUCGCUCUCAUGCAGAACAAAGCAAAGGAAAUGAAAGCAUCUGGCAGUGAUGUUCACUUGGAGGUUUCAGAGAAUGCUUUGCUUGCUCUCCAAGGUCCUGCCAUGUCCCAAGUGCUCCAGUCUGGGGUGAAUGACAGUCUGGCGAAGAUGCCCUUCAUGAGCAGUGCAGCGAUGGCUGUAUUUGGUGUGCAGGGCUGCCGGGUGACACGUUGUGGCUACACAGGAGAGGAUGGCGUAGAGAUCUCUGUCCCUGCGAGCAGAGUGGUGGAGCUGGCUGAGCUGCUCCUAAAAAACCCUACAGUGUGGUUGGCUGGACUUGCUGCCCGGGAUAGUUUGCGUUUGGAGGCAGGAUUGUGUCUUUAUGGGAAUGACAUUGACGAGAGCACAACUCCUGUGGAGGCCAGCCUGGUCUGGACCCUUGGGAAACGUCGUCGUGUUGCCAUGGAUUUCCCUGGUGCCUCAAUCAUUUUGGCCCAAAUCAAAGAGAAGCCAAAGAGGAAAAGAGUGGGGCUGACUUCUAUAGGGCCUCCCAUCCGACAGCAUGUGCCCAUUCUUGGCCCAAAGGACAAGGCUAUUGGUGAGAUUACUAGCGGCUGCCCCUCUCCUUGCCUGCAGAAGAAUGUUGCCAUGGGCUAUGUGGAGAGUGAAUACAGCAAAGUGGGUACAAGCCUCACAGUAGAAGUGAGGAAGAAGAGCUGCCCAUCUCUAGUCACCAAAAUGCCCUUUGUUCCUACCCAUUACUACUCAGGAAAAUGACCUGCUGUUAGGACAGGCUUUGUUUUUUAUAUGAUUUGUAUUACAAUGAAAGAAUCAUGAGUUUCUGCUGGGACAAAAAUCUUUGCUUCCGAAGACAGCUCAGUGCCUACUGAGAGAAAAGCAGAAAACCACCUCAGACUACUGAUGAAGAGAGAGGCCUCCCAAGACCUUAAUAACUGUGAAGAUACCUGGUCCCAAAAGCACACCCAAGGAAUGAUGCACUAUUGCGUUCUCUUUGGGCUACUAUGGAUAAAUAGUCCUGUGGGUUGUAAACUCCUGCCAGUUUAUUAUUCCUUUUAGAAAACAAAACGUUUCCUCUAACUCAUGUAUGUAGAGUUAAGCCUUAUUGACAUUUUUACUGCCCUUUUACCUUCUUAGAUAAUAGGGAUAAAUGUUUUCCUUGUGGUACAAGGUGAAAGACCUCAAUAACCUUUUGAAAACAGUAGACUUGCUUAUUAAAAUGUGAGCAGAG